GGAACUCAAGUUUAGUCCGCGCCUCGGGAUUCGACACGGCUCCUGGGUGUACGAGCCAACAGUAGAAUAACGCAUAGAGAAAUCGUUUGGACGAAGGAAAAAGAGAAAAAAGGACGGUGUACAAGUUCGACCGAGUGGUGUGCCUCUUUCUUUCGGAUACGAGACGGAUUAUCUUUUUCCCUCGCGAUGCUCUCAUUGUCGUCGUUCACCGUGCCGAUUCUCGACGGCGAUCGUUCGUAAAUCGUGUCGCUGCACUCGAAGGUACAAGGAAACACAGUGACCACACGGAAGGAGUAUCGUCGAUGUGAACUUAUCUCGAUCGGUGGAAUUUCGAGAGAAAAAGUACGGUUAGAGAGAGGCAGACGGUAUACCGUGGGAUCGAAAGCAAGAGAGACAGAUAGAAAGAAAGAAAGAGAGAGAGAGAAAAACGGAAGAGAGUUACAUUAAACGUCGCGUACUAUGUGGGACGUCGCGUCGAGUGACAUUCUAGCUUGGAGACAAAAUGGGGCCCGUUGAUCGGGCCCGGAAGAUCUCAGGGGUCCGAUUAUCAACGGAGGUAUGGAUGUCAUCGGGGACGGGGACGAUCAAACCCUCCAGGCGAUUCUCGGUCGGGGCGACUUCGUCGGAGGCAUAGACAACGAAGCCCUGGACUUCUCGCAGCUGGAAGAUUUUAUCAAUAGCGACAGUGAGCAACCUGCCACAUAUUUCGCGGAUACCCUGGCUAACAAUGAGAAUGGGGGUGGAACGACGACGCAUGGUGGUCGCGUGGAGGCGGCAGCCACUCAACAACCACCGUCUCGAUUGCCAUCGCCGAUUACCCAAAGUCAUCCGGUCUCGAGUACGUGCACAUCCGGUACCACCACCGUACCAAAUGGCGCCGCUUACAAGGAUCCGCAAUCGUACGUUCACCCACAUGCAUUACCAGAAAGCCCACCUGACAGUGGCAGCGAACCGCCAUAUUCUCCGCCAGGUCACAACGACACUCAACAUGUACAUUCACCGCAUCAAAAGGUAGCUCUUCAGGAAAUGCUUCUUCAUCACCAAGGCAAUCAGGCCAAUUAUGCACCAAAUCUACUACCGUCCUCGCCUUUAACAUCCUCCACGGAUCCAAUGCUACUAACUCACACCGUGCUUACGUCUCAUCUCGCCUCUGGAACACCGAAUGUUCAAUCGCAACAGCCGAUAAGUCAGACCUUAGUGCCUCUGCCACACGAUCCUAGUCCUGGUAACAUCACGUUGUAUCCGUCGGUACAAUCGGCGCCCAAGAAGAGAAAAUUGAGUCAGGAUGGUCUUGUCCAUGUGAAGCAGGAACCUGAACUGGGAACCGUGGAACAUAGCUGUAGCAGCAGCAGCGCGGUUCUCGAUGGCGACGAAGUGGCGGACAAUAGCUACAUAGACGCCAGUUACCAGUGCAUCCGAUUUCAUCCUUUUCAACAAACUUCCUGGCACGUUCUCUGUGACCAUAAUCUAAAAGAGCUACCAGUGCCUCAUUACCGGGUUGACGCGGACAAAGGAUUCAAUUUCAGCAACUCCGACGAUGCUUUCGUGUGCCAGAAGAAAAAUCAUUUUCAGAUUACUUGCCACGCUCAGCUUCAAGGCGAGGCUAUAUUCGUCCGGACCGGCGGAGGCUUCAAGAAGAUAAGUAGCUUCCAAUUGCACUUUUACGGCGUCAAAGUCGAGUCUCCGACGCAAACGAUCAGAGUGGAGCAGAGUCAAAGCGACAGGAGCAAGAAACCGUUUCAUCCGGUGACGGUGGAACUAGGCGGCGAGCGUGUUACAAAGGUAACCGUUGGCCGUCUUCACUUCAGCGAAACGACCAGCAACAAUAUGCGAAAGAAAGGGAAACCGAAUCCGGAUCAAAGAUAUUUUCAUUUAGUUGUCGGCCUGCACGCUCAUACCGUUGAUCAAGCCAGCUAUCAGGUGGUAGCUCAUGCGUCAGAGAGAAUAAUCGUCAGGGCAAGUAAUCCUGGUCAAUUCGAGUCGGAAGGCAGUGGCGUUGGUGCAGAGGGUGGUUGGCAAAGGGGAGCAGCACCGGAUAGCGUGUUCCAUGCCGGUCGAGUUGGAAUUAACACGGACAGGCCUGACGAAGCUCUGGUUGUUCAUGGCAAUAUGAAGGUGACUGGUCAUAUUGUUCAACCCAGUGAUGCACGGGCGAAACAAAACGUGCAGGAAGUGGACACGCGUGAGCAAUUACGAAACGUGCAACAGUUGAGAGUGGUUCGUUACAGAUACGCGCCGGAAUUUGCACAGCAUUCUGGUUUGGGUAUCAAGCAGCAAGAAGACACGGGUGUCAUAGCGCAAGAAGUGCAACAAAUACUUCCGGAAGCUGUGCUACCAGCUGGAGACAUAGUUCUUCCAAAUGGCCAGAGAAUCGAGAACUUUCUCAUGGUGAAUAAGGAAAGGAUAUUCAUGGAAAAUGUUGGUGCUGUGAAGGAACUGUGCAAAGUAACGGAUAGCUUGGAGACUCGAAUAGACCAACUGGAGCGAAUAAAUAAGCGGUUGGCGAAGCUGAAGAGGGGUGACAGUCUGAAAAGUUCGAUUAGUACAAUCUCUAGUAUAUCAAGUAACAAAUACUCAUCCUCUAUCAAUAGUAAGAGCACUGUACAAGGAAAGGGAAAAAAGAGCGAGAGGGAGAACGAAUUGCUAUGCAGCAAUAAGUUUAUCCAGAUUGUCAUUGUUAUACUUAUUCUUAUUAUGGCAUUCUGCUUAGUCGCCAUGGCGACGCUAUACUUCUUAGAAUAUCAGAAACGUAGCAGUCUCGAGUGGACAGCGGUAGCUAGCAAUGGAAUGUUGGCUAUAAGACCAGCUCAUCCAUCGACAGUGUCGAGCACGCCUAAUUACGAGCCCCGGUAUAAUUCGUUAUUGGACAGUACGUUAUCGUCUUCGUAUACUAAACAUGGAUCCCAUAAUAGAGGCUUGGAUGGUAGUUUAUCUGUAAAAACCAACGCUUUUUCCACACAAGCUCCUCACACGAAACAGCAGCUUUAUUCUCAAGAGAUUACUUGGUAUCCCUUUAGUCAUUCUGGGCCCCAACCAAAACUUGAAAAAAAUAGCGAAUUUCCUGGGAAUUGGUUAAGCAGGUGCAGGAAUGGUGCUGGUGCUGUUCCCAGUAACGUGGAUGAAAACGAUCAAGGAUCAGAUGUGGAUUCUUCUUUGAAUAAAAGUCCAAUUCCAUUGGGUAGACCGUCGAAUUGUCCUAGACAUUUCAGCGAAUUCGAAAAUCAAUGUCAGACAUUCUGUUGUACAGCCAAGAUUCACCAAUUCGAAGAUCCACAACCUGAUCAUCCUCCGGAAAAGAAAUCAAUUUCAGAUCACAUAGAACAGCCAUUGAACGUAUAUGAGGAAAAACGUAAAAUAAGUAAAAGUUUCCAGAAUGGUAUAAGUCCAUCCGACCCAAGUACACAAACACUUGUAAAAGAGAAUAAUUAUAAGUAUCUACAUAAAAGAACAAGAAGAGAGAAAGGUAGUGGUGAUUGGGCGGAAGUCGCCAGUAAUGCUGCAGGAUCAUUACCACCUGAACCAAAGCCACAAUUGUGGAUAGUGGCAGAAAGCUUUAAUACUUCAAUCGAUCAAAAAUAUUGCUCCGCUCCGUCACAGGAUACGCCGAAUAAUAUAUCUUGUGUCAUUCCUUUGUCUAAGUACAUGCCAGACGUCCAACUUACGUUACAUUUUAUUGGAAUGCCUUGGUACGGGCAAGUAGUACAACAGUGCUCAUCACCAACGAAUCAUGGUGGCGACGAGCCUUUAAUAUGUAACCGGAAAUACACUAUGCAACAGCAAACACAGUUAAAGAUCGAUAUUGAAAAUAACAAUCAACGAGAUCAAUCUUUUCUUCUUGAUGUUGCUCACUAUCCUAAGAGAAUACUAAGGUUUCGUGUACCUACUGUACAGCCACAAGAGAAUAUAUGUAAGAAUAAACACGGUGUUGAUUAUUUGGAGUAUACGUUGCACUUCUAUCGAGAUUGCGAGGAAUGAUUAAUUUUUUAAUCAUAGUAAUUCACGAAGAAUUCAAACCGAAAAUUCGAUGUGUCUUAUUUGAAACAUUGUUAAAUAUCCACGAAACAGGAUUUUCUUGUGCCUUCGUAACAUAU